UGUUAUCUGCUAGCUCGUGGUUCACAUGGUGCGUCACAAGGUAGGGAGGAAUAUCGUACCACCUGCAAACUGAGAACAGUAUCAACUUAUUUUUUGGGGUUGUUUUUCAUUUGUUAGAAGCUUCGCCAUGCUGAGAGUUUUUAUUAUUGCCACAAUCGUGGCUGCUGCCGCUGGGGUGAAACUCACAUCACCAACAUUUGAGGUGUUCAUGCUAAAACAUGAACGUGUAUACGAAACUGAGGAGGAACACAAUGUCAGAUAUUGGACCUUUUACAAGAACAUGGCUAAAUGGGAACUCUACAACAAGGCAGAGCAAGGAACAGCUACGUACGGUAUGAACCAGUUCGCUGACCUAACAGAGGAGGAAUUCUCCAAACACUAUCUCUCUCCAGUCACCAGCAAGGGCAUGAACAUGCUGAACUCUCUCCCUGAAGCUGAAGAGGUAGAUGUUGCUGAUACCCCUGCUGAGAUGGACUGGAGAACUAAGAACGCUGUUACCCCAGUAAAGAACCAAGGACAGUGUGGCAGUUGCUGGGCCUUCUCCACCACAGGUAAUAUAGAGGGAAGAUGGGCUAUCAAGAACGGAACUCUGGUGUCUCUAUCUGAACAGGAGCUGGUUGAUUGUGACAAGGUCGAUCUGGGAUGCAACGGAGGUCUCCCUUUCCAGGCAUACGCUGAAAUCAUGAGACUAGGAGGCCUGGAGACAGAAGAGGACUACCCCUACACUGGAAGAGGUGGAGCCUGCAAGUUCGACGGGAGCAAGGUAGCUGUCGAUAUCACCGGAAGAGAGAAAGUGAGCACUGAUGAGAAGAAGAUUGCUGCUUAUGUUGCUGCUAACGGACCUGUCAGUAUCGGACUCAAUGCUGCUGCUAUGCAGUUCUAUACUGGUGGAGUUUCUCACCCUCUUUCGUUCCUGUGUGAGCCGUCAGGUAUAGACCACGGAGUUGUAAUCGUGGGAUACGGAACGGAGAGUGGUAAAGAUUACUGGCUUAUCAAGAACAGUUGGGGAGCAACCUGGGGAGAGAAAGGAUACUACAAGCUGUACAGAGGAAAAGGAUGCUGUGGAUGCAACCAAAUGGUUACCUCAGCUACCCUCUAACUCAGUUAAUUAUACUCUCAUUGUGAUCCAAAUGAUUUGAUAUUUUCAAAUAAUUUUGCUUUGAGAACAAUAAAUUGAUACUGUUAGAUUGAUAAACUUUCAUACGUUUUUAAAA